AUGUCUUCCCGAUUAGAGGAGGAUCUCUCCUGUCCCAUCUGCCAGGACAUCUUUAAAGAUCCUGUUGUCGUGUCAUGUAGCCACAGCUUCUGUAAAGACUGUCUGAAGACCUGGUGGAGGGAUAAACAAACACUGGAGUGUCCAAUUUGUAAGAGAAGAUCAUCAAGGAGUGAUCCGCGUUGUAACUUGGCAUUAAGGAACCUGUGUGAGGCCUUCUUACUGGAGAGAGAUCAGAAAGGUUCAGCACGAGAUUCAACAACACACAACAAACACAGAUUCAGACCCAUCACUGAAGCUGCAAAGGAUCACAAAGAGGAGCUCCAGAAAUCCCUGAAUCCUUUAAAGGAGAAACUGUGGCUCUUUAAAGAAGUUAAAGGAAACUGUGAUCAAACAGCAGAACACAUUAAGAUCCAGGCCAGAGACACAGAGACGCAGAUUAAGGAACAGUUUAAGAAGCUUCACCAGUUUCUGCAAGAGGAAGAGGAGGCCAGGAUCGCUGCUCUGAGGAAGGAAGAGAAGCAGAAGAAACUCAUCCUGACAAAAGAUCUGACCAGUGUGACACGUGGAAGGAAACAGGAGCUUCCUGAAAACCCAGAGAGGAUUUAUACCUAUCCCUCUGUCCUGGGCUCUGAGGGCUUUGACUCAGGAUCUCACAGCUGGGAUGUUGAGGUUGGAAACAGUCCGAUCUGGGCACUAGGAGUGGUAGCAGAGUCUGGCCUGAGUGAGUUAGACAAAAUGUCUCGAUUAUUUAGAAUAGCGUUCUGUGAUGGUGAAUACACAGUAGACUCUUAUACACAUCGCUCCACUGUUCUCUCAAUGAAGAAGAAGAAGAAGAAGCUGCAGAGGAUCAGAGUUCAUCUGGACUGGGACGGAGGAGAACUGUCAUUCUGUGAUCCUGAUACUGACACACACAUACACACCUUCACAUACAAGUUCACCGAGAGACUGUUUCCAUACUUUAACACUGUAACUACACACUCACUGAAGAUAUUACCAUUGCCUUUCUAGGUAAUAAUGUAAUCACAGUUAGACAGGAAGAUGAUGGUCAUUAUGUGAGUGUUGUUGUACAUAAUUUCCAUUUGUUUCUUAUUUUGUUGUUCUUGCAAUUUACAAAUAAAUUCUCCUCUUGCCAGAUGAUUACAGAGAUGAGUACAAAGUCAGCUAAACUAUUUUUCUGUUGUUCAAGUAUUUCAGCGUAGGCAGCAGACAGUUUCACAUGGCAUGGCCUCAGUUUACCCUGUCUCGCAGUAGCGCAUUUGAUGCAUUAGGUGUGAUCCUUAUCUAAAACAUGCAGAGUUGGCAGUUGGUCGUGUGCAACCAGUCACCAAACCCUGCCAUGAAACUCAUUGUCUUUAUAGAACAUUUUGAUCUUAAUCAAACACCUUAUUGUACAGUCUCUCUCUGCAUGAAUUAGGAUGAAUGUACACACACGUCUUUUUUUUUCUUUCGGUUUUACAACCUGUUUCUUUUCUUAUAGUUGUGGCCAUCAUUAUUAUCAGUAGUGAUAACAUUUUACUCCAAGAGGAACACAAGCAGUCAGAUUUUCACACAAGUGAAACUAAAAAUAUUGGUUAUAACCCCACAUGGCAUAGAUAAACUGUGUGCAUAUGUGUUUCAAGUAUAGUAGGACACAUUUGAAAUAAGAACUCAAUUUGGAAAAUGUAAUGAACAUUUACAAAAGACAGAUCUUGUCAUGAUUGUGACAUUAUACUUGUUGUCACUUCCAAAUGUUUGGUAAAACUGCGAGUUAAUAUGAUAUAGGUUGUAAAAAUGUUCUUUUACUUCUGUAAGUGAUUGUAAACUACUCUGUAUUUUAUUAUUUGUUAUACUUCUAUGAUUAUACAAUGCUGCAAAUCAUUCAAUGCUAAGAAGGUUGAGAUGUAGAAAAAAAAUUAAGUUGAGCUUUGGCUAUGUUCAGGACAUUAUAUGGACAUUAUAUAUGACACAUUUUUAGCAUAUUUCAUUCUAACAUGGCAAUCCUUGUACAUUUAUUUUGAAAUCUGUAGAAAGUAAGCUUGUCAAGCAAUAUUAAUACCGUGAAAAUAAAACUCGGGUGUAUCAGGAA